AAUCGCCAUGACAAGGAGGGCGUAGGGGAGCGGCCGGUUGUCGGAGGUGGCGUUGAACAUGUGGAUCAUCACAAAUUUACACCAAUCGAUAUUGGCGUUGUGAAUCAUCGCAUGGAUCGUCUUCGUGUCUUCUUGGGAGAGAGUGGUGUGGUUGAACUUCCUGGGCUUGAGGAUCCGUGUCAACAUAUAGAAGAUGAAACGAUACACGGGACUCAUGGAAGAAAUCGUAGGACGCCGCUGUUGAGGAGUGGGGACGAAGUUUCGGAUGCCCACUUCCUCCAAGAGGGCGGUCUCGUUGAAUCGUGCUCCUUCUUCUCCGACGUAGAGCCUGAGAUCCUGUCCAUCCCGUCGAAGCCCGGUGAGAAUUUGAAUGUUUUCCUCAUUCAAAUAAAUGUCCACCCCGUUGACGUUAGAGAUCAAUGCUCCGUCCUCAUCCUUUUUCAAGUUCGAGUAGAAAGCUCGAACAAGAAAGGGUUGAUAGUUGACCUUCUUGAUGUAGAGGAGAUCAAGGAAGUUUCCACGUUCGAGGAUAAUCCAUGCCUCACGUGGAAUGGAGUCAUGAAUGAAGCGGGCGGUGGAGAAUCGGGGAGGGAGAAUCUCCCGGUGCUCAAAUUUCUCCGAGAACCGCGUCGCCUCUACGUGGUCGUUGAACCAAAGGAACGACCCGUCGAGGCUGUGAUAGUCGAUUAUCACAAGCCUGUAAAUCGAUUUACACCAGGUCUGAAGCAAAAAUCGAUUUACUUUGUUCCCCCUGCCUUUGACACCUGAAAAAUAAAAUUUAAAAAGAGCCCUGCAAUAAAGAAAAAACGUCUCCGACGUUCAAGUUAGUAGGGACCAAAAAAAAUAAUAAUUUAUGCACAAUUUA